AUGGCAGCACUCAUGGCCUCGCUCUUUGGACGUUGGUCGAACGAUUCACCUCGAGAAACACAUCGGGACCACGCAACCAAGAGUCUUCCAGCAUCAUGGUAUAGCUCUCGAGAUUUAUAUGAGCUUGAGAGGCGAGCCAUAUUCUCCAAGAGAUGGAUGUUGGUAACUCAUCGGCUUCGCCUCGUCAACGCAGGAGAUUAUCUUCGACUUCACCAAGCGGGAUACUCCUUCUUCUUGAGUCGUGAUCGCGCCGGUGUCAUUCGGGGGUUUCACAACAUCUGUCGACAUCGCGCUUUCCCACUGGUAUCUGACGAUACCGGGAAUGUGAAGAUUCUCUCGUGCAGGUAUCACGGAUGGUCGUACGGGUUCAACGGAAAGCUGGCAAAAGCGCCUCGCUUUGACACCGUCCCGGGAUUUUCAAAAGAUGACCAAGGCCUCUACCCAGUUCAUGUACACGUCGAUCAACUCGGUUUCAUCUGGGUGAAUCUUGAUUCUUCCACGAGUCCCGUGCCGUGGAAUGAUGAUUUCCAUGGUGUUGAUACGCAAGAGCGAUUUGCCAGCUUUGAGUUCAGCCAGUACAAGUUUGACCAUACCUGGCAAAUGGAUGGCGAUUACAACUGGAAGACCCUGGCGGACAACUACAAUGAGUGCUACCACUGCAGUGUCGCACAUCCGGACGUUGCCAACCUUGCCGAUCUGUCGUUUUACUAUACCGUUCCUACUCCGGGUCACAUUCAGCACUUUUCACGACCGAAGAGUGACAAGGUGGACCAGGACCUCAAGAACGCCAGCACCUACUAUUUCCCAAAUGCGUGCAUGACCGUCUCCCCCGACUUUUUCUACAUCAUGCGCUGCGUCCCCACAUCGGCAACCACAUGUUCAAUGGAAUAUGAAGUCUAUCGGUACGUAGACGCAACCGACGAGGCCUUUGAGCACAUCGACGCCUUCUUCAAGCGAGUGCUAGCCGAGGACAAGUGGCUCUGUAACGAGACCCAGAGGAAUCUCAGCGCGGGUGUCUAUGUCAAUGGGCAGCUUCACCCAGAGCUGGAAAGCGCCCCGCUGUUUUUCCAGAAGACCGUGCGAAGCUUGCUCGAAGAUCACCAUCGGAAGGAGCGGGAUGCUCAACGGGAAAUUUGGCCUGCCCGUCCGCGCGUCAGUGGAUCAACUAUCCUUGAAGAUAUGGACAUUUGCUCACAACUUGCAUGCUCUGCUCGUGGAUCCCGUAAACUAGAGUGGUAA